GCUGCGCUAUAUAAGAUCUGGUCCCGAAAGCGCAGAGCAUCAGUUGAACUCAAUCAAUUGCACAGCGCAUUAGCAUCCAAAACCGGAACCACCAAUCCAGAAUCAAUAUGAAGUUCUUCUCAGUCGUCACCGUCCUUGUGCUCGGUCUGCUGGCCCUGGCCAACGCUGUUCCCCUGUCGCCCGAUCCUGGCAAUGUGGUCAUCAACGGCGACUGCAAAUACUGCAAUGUCCACGGUGGCAAGUAGGACCAACGAAAUGCCGCAACUUACCUUCAACCCCACACUCAAUAUUUUUAACACCACUUUGUACUAAAAUGAAACCUAUAAUUUAGAGCAACAAUGACUUAAAUAAAAAAAAAACAAAACAAAGAAAUAAA